CUUUCCGCGGAGCGUUUGUGAGGCAGAAGCCUGUAGGGAGACGAGGCCUGAGCACCUGAGAGGUUACGCUCGAACUUUUUUUUUUUUAUUAAUCUGACAAAAGUAUGGGCAUUUUACAAUCUCCCACCGAAACGGUCCUAAUUACCGGAGGAGGCGGCUACUUUGGACACAGACUAGGGUGCAUACUGCAUAAGAGAGGAGUCCAUGUCAUUCUGUUCGAUGUGCGCAAACCCGCCUUGGAGAUCCCCGAGGGAAUCCGCUUUGUCCAAGGAGAUAUCCGCGACCUCUCUGAGGUGGAAGAAGCUUUUACGGGCGCGAGUUGCGUCUUCCAUACAGCCUCUUACGGGAUGUCUGGACGAGAGCAACUCCAGAAAAGUAAAAUCGAGGAAAUUAACGUGAAAGGCACUGAGAAUGUGAUUCAGGCGUGCAUAAAAAGAGGCAUCCCGCGGCUGAUUUACACAAGUACCUUCAACGUGGUUUUUGGCGGCCAAGUCAUCAAGAACGGCGAUGAGUCUCUGCCGUACCUACCUCUCCAUCUUCAUCCAGACAACUACUCUCGAACCAAGUCUGUGGCGGAGAUGAAAGUGCUGAAAGCAAACAAUUCUCAACUGGAGAACGGACGGGGCUUGUUAAAAACAUGCGCUCUUAGGCCCGCUGGUAUCUACGGCCCAGGAGAACAAAGACAUAUUCCCAGAAUAAUUGGCUACCUGGAGAAAGGGCUGUUCAAGUGUGUACACGGUGACCCCAGCACCCUCGUACAGUUUGUCCAUGUAGACAAUCUGGUUUCAGCUCACAUUUUAGCUGCCGAAAGCAUGAAGCCAGAGAAAAAUGAGGUUGCUGCAGGCCAAGCUUACUUUAUUUCAGAUGGGCCCCCGGUAAACAAUUUUGAGUUUUUCCGGCCAUUAGUAGAAAAUCUGGGCUACGAGUUCCCUACAAGACGCCUGCCUCUGUUUCUUAUAUAUUUUUUUGCCUUCGUAACGGAAUGGAUACACUUCCUUGUUAGCCCCGUCUAUAACUUCCAGCCUCUGCUGACACGCACCGAGGUCUACAAAACGGGUGUCACUCACUACUUCAGCAUAGAAAAGGCUAAGCGGGACCUGGGCUAUGAACCGCAAGGAUACACAAUGCAUGAAGUCGCAGACUGGUAUAAAUCUCAUGGUUAUGGCCGUCGGGUCAGGAAGGUCAAGGAGAGAAGCUACAUCUGGGACAUUUUAUUUGUUUUCCUGUUCUUUGUGGCGGUGCUUUCAUGGGUUCCAGCCGUAGUGGGUAUGAAUGUCUAAUUGGCUCGACCUCACCGUAAUCCUGAUUUCCAAGCUCGGGGUAUAACCACCAAAUUAUUACUCACCCUUAACGGCUAAACAUCAGUCAUAAACCCAU